CUAAUGGCGCACCGGAGUGGCAACAAGCCAACAACUAUAAACUCUUUGGAUUAUGAUCAAGGAUACAGCCCGCUGAAGCUUGAGCUCAAAAACCAACCACUGCCCUUUUCUUCUUUGAAGCUGAAACAUCCAAUUACAGAGCCAAACUUCCUCUGAUGGAAGGCAAUGAAAAGAUGGCCAUAGGCCAACAAAUCCCUUCCUCUUCAGUGCAAGUUUCAGACCACCCGCUAAUACUGCCGGAUCUUCCCUUUCAAGUCAUCACUGAGAUUCUCGCAAGGCUACCUGUGAAGUCACUCAUGAGAUUCAAGUGCGUUUCAAAAUCGUGGCUUUCCUUGACGUUAAGCCCUCAUUUCAUCAAGCGUCACCUCAGUUUCAGUACAUCAAAGGACAGAGAAUACUUGCUAUUUAUAGACUAUAAUUCUGGCAGGUUCAAACACUGUUCUCUUGCUUCUUUGUUGUAUGAACAGCCUAGUGAUGCAGUUGAAAUAGUUUGUCCCCAAUUGGAAUGCCGUGAUCAGUCAAUUUUGUUAGUGGGAUGUUGUAAUGGGUUGAUUUGCAUUUGCACUAAUAGAGAAGGUUUCGUCUUAUGGAACCCAUCUACCAGAAAAUCAAAGACAUUGCCUAAUUUUAGUUUUGAAAAAACGAGUGAGCAUAAAUUCUAUGCUUCAUGUGGUUUUGGAUACGACGAGACUAACGAUGAUUAUAAAGUAGUGGCAGUUACCUGCUACUGUGCUGAAGAUUGGGAGCCCUUUGCUUCUGAGGUUAAAGUUUAUGGUACAAAAACUGAUACUUGGAGGAGAAUUGGGGAUUUUCCUGGUGGUUAUCCAAUGGACGGAAGCAGGUACUGUGGUACUUUUGCGGCGGGGAAGGUCCAUUGGGUAUUGAACAGAGCAUUUUGUCCAUAUGUUGUUUUUCUUGAUUUAGCUACAGAGACAUAUGGAUCUCUUGAUUUAGCUGGAGAUGCGAUCAAAUCGAAUCAUGACAGUUUUGUAACAGACAUACAAACUGUUGGUGGGAGCCUUUAUUUCUUUUGCAGGAAUUAUGUGCAUGGUCUUGUAGAUCUCUGGGUUUUGAAGGAAUAUGAAGUUAUAGAAUCUUGGACAAAGGUGGUUUCUGCCUUGAGCAACGACAAGAGGUAUUUUCUUUCAGUAUUGUACCAAUUGGAGAAUGGUAAACUUCUAGUGGUGCUUGAAAGUGAUGUCAGAGUCUUGAAUCCCAAAAAUAACAAAUCCAGGCGUCUCCUGAGGUCUGUCUACACUAGGUCUGCGAGUAUUUAUGUUGAAAGCCUAGUUUCGCCCGGUUCAGUUGAUGCAACAACUAUGAUGAGUGGACUACAGUUGAGGACACUUAAAGCCUCAACAAGCAGGACACAAGACUAAGAAUCUGAUCAUGGACUAUCAGGGCUUGAACUGUCGCCUGAAAUUUAAGCAUGGAGAAUGUAAUUGGGUAGCUGAUGUUUUGUCAUAGCAUGCUCUUGGUAGGUUGAUCCUUUGAUGAAGUUUGUGUCACUUUUGCAUGCCCACCUGCUUAUCUUUUGCCUAAUUUGCUUAAUGAUGUAUCAGACUUAAAACACCUACAACAGUGUAUUGUACAAGUUGUGUUUGAGUAAUGAACUCCUUGUUUGGUAGUAGUA